GUCGCCAAUUCAGGCAUGAUGGAUUUGGUGAAUUUUGUUGUCUUGAUGCUGUCUUACUUCCUGAUAUAGUAUACCACCAAGGUCUACCCUGCCAAAAGUCACAGCAAAGCUCUUUCCAUGUGUAGUUACCACAUAACAGUUGUGGUGUGUCUUCGUUACUGAGCUAAAAGGGUGUAUGAAAUAUUUAAAAAUGAUGCAAAAAUGCACAAUAAGUGGAAUAUCAAAAUUUUAAAUAAAAACAGGAUUUGAACCUAAAAUAGCACACUUCACCCUGGCUCUUUUUCAACUUAUCAAGAAGGCAAGCUGCUCCAGGACAAGAAACGCAUCCUCUCUAAGCUCACUUUUGCAUCCCAUACAUAGGGCGAGUGUAAAUCUUAAUUUAUGUCUUGAACUAUUAUAACUAUUGCUAUCACUCCAUUUCACUCUCUAAAGUAACCUGAUUAGAAUGGUAAGCUACAGGGUAAACCUGCAAGUACAGAUUUAGAAUGAAUCAGUACAGGAAAGCUGAUUGAAUAACUUAAUUUGUUACUACUGUACUCUGAUUCACCCUAUGCUUAGUGAAUAUUUCUGAUGCUAACUUGUCACUUUUUUCCAGUUAUACUCUCUGAGAAUUCACUGCAUCAGACCAUGGAAAAUAUCAAUAAUGUCACUGAAUUUUUACUUUUGGGACUUUCCCAGAAUAAGAAAAUUAAAAGCUUGUGCUUUCUAUUAUUCUUAUUUUGUUACAUAGCUAUUUGGAUGGGAAGCUUGCUCAUUAUCAUUUCCAUCACUUGCAGUCAGCUAAUAGACCAACCCAUGUAUUUCUUUCUUAAUCAUCUUGCUCUCUCAGAGCUGUGUUAUACCUCAACGGUGACGCCCAAGCUACUCACUGACUUACUGGAAGAAAGGAACAGAAUUUCUUAUACUAGCUGCAUGGAACAGCUUUUUGCAGUGCACUUCUUUGGGGGAAUUGAAAUCUUCAUCCUCACAGUGAUGGCCUAUGACCGCUAUGUGGCCAUCUGCAAACCCCUGCACUACACUGUCAUCAUGAGCAGGAGGAAGUGUUAUGUAUUGGUCUUUGCUUGCUGUACUGGGGCAUUUCUGCAUUCCUUUGUGCAGUCCCUCCUCACUAUGAACUUACCUUUCUGUGGCCCCAAUGAGAUAGAUCACUACUUCUGCGAUGUCUAUCCUUUGCUGAAACUGGCCUGCACUGACACAUACAGUGUCGGGAUCCUGGUUGUCGCCAAUUCAGGCAUGAUGGGUUUGGUGAAUUUUGUUGUCUUGAUGCUGUCUUACUUCUUGAUAUUGUACACUGUCAGGGUCUACCCUGCCAAAAGCCGCAGUAAAGCUCUUUCCACUUGUAGUUCCCACAUAACAGUUGUGGUUCUCUUCUUUGUGCCUAUCAUGUACAUUUAUAUUAGACCAGCUGCAACUUUUCCAGAAGAUAAAGUAUUUGCUCUUUUCUACACCAUCAUUGCCCCCAUGUUCAACCCUCUGAUCUACACUUUGAGAAACUUGGAGAUGAAGACUGCCAUGAGGAAAGUGUGGUGCCAGAAUCCACUUUUUACUGGAAGGGGAAAGGACUGAAAGGCAUGUCUACUCCUCACUGCACACCCUAUCCAAGUGAGUUUGCACCAUCUUAAGUUUGUUAAAGUAGGAACUGACCCUGAGAGACAUAAGCUUAGGCACCGACAUCAAUCCGUUCAUUAAUACUAUAAUUUACCUUGAACUACCUUCUUCUUUCUUUGCUAAUCUGUUUCUUAUUGACAUUGUUCCUGCAAAAUUGAGUUCAACAUUUAUUCCUUUCUUUGGUAUUUUUUUCUUUGGAUUUUGUCCAUAGGUUGCUUUUCAGGGCCCACAUUUCUAACCUCUCUUUACUUUGGUUCCAAUGAAUCUCCAAAUUUACCUGUGCUCCAUUGGU